AUCGGGUAAGCCUUCAUCGCUGGCGAGUCCCAUACUUAUCCUUUUCUGACUUCGACUCAUUCUUGGUAUCACAGGAGGGAACAGAGGAUCAAAAAACUGGUUCUCAGGCUCUUGAUAGUUCCAUCACUGUUGUCACCCCUACUCCUGACCUUGUUGUACCACCACCCGUUGAUGUUAAGAGUAACGAUGAGAAUGAGACGAUCGAAAAUGAUGCUGAGAAGGAUGAAACUCAAACCAAGGACUUUGACCUGUCUAGUGUGCUGUCUGAUAGCGAAGGUGGACGCGGCGGGCGUCAAGGCAAUGCGAGUCGCGGGGGGAAGAAUAACAAUCGUGGGGGACGCGGAGGAGGAGGCGGAGGCGGGGGCAAGGGCAAGAAGGCUCAGAAUUAAGUUCGCCCAAGUUGGAGAGUAGAAUUUUGGCGCUUGGCAAUUUCCUUCGUUUCCGUUUCAAAAAGUGACUCUCGAGUUCUGUCGUUUCGAUUGUCUGCCAUUCCUUGAGUCAUGAUCAAUCUAUUUUGUGUUUGCAUCAGAA